AUGGCAGGCUUCGGCGAUUACCCGCCAGACAUGGCGCCCCAGGACGCGCUCAUCGUCAGGUCCCAGGCCGAGCCGGACCACGCCGUCGUCCCCUACAGUGGUGAAGACCUCGCCCGGCCCAGGCUGGGCCCCGCGAACCCGUUCCGCGACGAGACGGCACAGGCCACGCUGAAGCGCAAGAACGUCAUGACGGGACACGCCGAGGAGACCUUCAUCAGUGAGCACACGUUUCGCAGCAAGCACCGGGCCGUCGAGGGCCGGGGCGGGCCGGAGCGCGCCGCGCUCACGAGCAAGCAGAUCAAGGAGGAAGCUAAGAGGCUGCGCGCGACGAGAGAGGGCAAGGGCGACGCCCUGGUCGCGGACGGUGACGGCGCGUACGUGGGGCCCUGGGCCAGGUACAGGCGGCCCGAGUACGAAGAGGUCGAGGAGGGCGCCGAGCUGGCCAGCGACGAGGAGUACGAGAUUGUCGAGGAGGACGAAGAGGAGGACGACGUCGUCCAGAGCGGCACGGUGCUCUCGGCGCCGGCGCCGGCACUGGCGAGGAGGAAAGAGGUCGAGGACCUAGGCGACGAGACGACCACCUUCCACGGGGCGGAGGAGUACGACUACCAGGGACGGACAUACAUGCACGUGCCGCAGGACUUGGGCAUCGACCUGCGCAAGGAGCCCGGCAGCGUCACAAACUACAUUCCCAAGAAGCUGGUGCACACGUGGAAGGGCCAUACGAACCCCGUUACGGCGCUGCGCUUCUUCCCCAACUCUGGCCACCUGAUGCUGUCGGCGUCGGCGGAUACGACGGUCAAGAUCUGGGAUUGUUACCACGAGCGCGAGCUGCUGCGGACCUUUUCGGGCCACUCCAAGGCCGUCUCGGACAUCAGCUUCAACAUCGACGGCACGCGCUUCAUCUCGGGCUCGUACGACCGCAUGAUGAAGCUCUGGGACACGGAGACGGGCGCGUGCGUGUCGCGGUUCACGACGGGCAAGACGCCGCACUGCCUCGUCUUCAACCCGUCGGCCGAGAACAGCCACGAGUUCCUGGCGGGCAUGUCAGACAAGAAGAUUGUCCAGUUCGACACGCGAGCCGGCAACGAGCCCGUGCAGGAGUACGAGCACCACCUGGCGGCCAUCAACACCAUCGUCUUUGUCGACGACAACCGGCGCUUCAUGACUACGUCGGACGACAAGUCGCUGCGCGCCUGGGACUACGGCAUCCCCGUGCCCAUCAAGUACAUCGCCGAGUCGUGGAUGUUCCCCAUGACGCGCGUCGCGCCGCACCCCUCGGGCAAGUACGUCGCCUACCAGAGCUCCGACAACCAGAUCCUCGUCUACUCGGCCACCGACAAGUUCCGCCAGCACCGCAAGAAGUCCUUCCGCGGCCACCACAACGCCGGCACGGCCAUCGACGUCAGCGUCUCGCCCGACGGCCAGUUCGUCAGCAGCGGCGACUCGGCCGGCUGGGUGUGCUUCUGGGACUGGAAGACGUGCAAGAUGUACGACAAGAUCCAGGCCGACAAGAGCGGCGGGGCCGUGACGUGCGUGCAGUGGCACCCGCAGGAGACGAGCAAGGUGGCGACGGCGGGCGCGCAGGGCGACAUCAGGUACUGGGAUUAA